AUGCCACACCAAAUCUUCUACACCAGACCCUACACUCCCCUCCGCGAAUUCACCACCCUCAUAAUCACAUGCACCGCAUUCGCUUGCGUCAACGUCUACACCACAAUUGACCCUGGCGACACCCUCGUCAGCUUCUCUCUCCACCUGCUCAACGGUUGCCUGGCUGGUAGUGCGGUUGCAAUAUGCUUCUACAACAUUGUCUUUGAUCCUUAUUGGACGAAGAAGAGGAGGGUUGGUGGUGGUUGUGCAGAUAGUGAGGCAGGUGGUGCUGGUGUUGGUGCUGGAGGUGGUGGAAGCGGGAGUGGGAGUGGGAGCAGGGGGGAUUGCGUGGUCAAGGUACGGAGACCUAUCAUGGGCUACAAGUAUCUGGAGAGAAGGGUAGAAACGGAAGAUGAGGUCUGGGAGGAUGGGUUUCGGUAUGAGCGGGCGAUGUUUAGGAUUUAA